AUUUAUUCAUUUCAGUUCCAUAGUUGCAUAUCUACUUAUUAUUAUUCUAUGCUGUAUAUAUAAUCAGAAUCAAACUUAGUCACAAACCAAGACUUCUAAGUCUGAGACUAUCGCAAUCUUGUAUAGGCAGUUUGUGGAGUGCGUGCAUUUGAUGGGUUACCUUUUAUGGCGAUUUGGAUAACAAGAAAACAUUGAUCAAAACGUGUGAUGUUUUAAUAUCGAAUUGAAGAAAAAAUAUUUAAUGAAAAAAAUGUUUGACAGUUCAAGAUGGAUUAUAUCAGUAAUAAUUAUUACUUCAGUAAAUGCAAAUUAUUUACCUCCAGAAAGACUGACUGGGAUGAAUCCUUGCAUUAGUAAACAAACAUGUCAUGAAUGUAUACAAACACCACAUUGUGCCUGGUGUGCUGCACCAAAAUUUUCUGAAAAACGAUGUUUUUUACCUAAUAUCAAUACCAAAAUAUUUGCAACAUGUCCAGCCGAAUAUACAUGGAAUCCAGAUAAUGUUUUUAGUAUGAUAAGACACAGAAAUUUAACAAAAGGUGGUUAUGCAAGUGGUGCUAACAGUUAUGAAUAUUCAUAUAUAAAUUCUAGCAUAUAUGGUUCACAAUCCUAUAAAGAAACUACUAGCAGUAGUAAUAAUAGUAAUAGUGGUAACAAAAGACAAGAAGCUAUACAAAUUUGGCCACAAGAAGUUAAUUUAAAACUUAGAAUAAAUGAAGCUCAUAGAAUGACAUUUGCCUAUUCACAAGCUGAAGAUUAUCCUGUUGAUUUAUAUUAUCUUAUGGAUUUGAGUAAAUCAAUGGAAGAUGAUAAAAAAAAAUUAUCAGACUUAGGUCAACUUUUAGUAGAAAGCAUGAGUAAAAUUACAAGUAAUUUUCGUUUAGGUUUUGGCAGUUUUGUUGAUAAAGUUGUAAUGCCUUAUGUUAGUACAAUGCCUAAAUCAUUAAAAGAACCAUGCGAUGGAUGUGCAGCACCAUAUGGUUAUAAAAAUAUUAUGACAUUAUCUCAAGAUACUAGUCAUUUUGCAAGUUUGGUACGAAAUGCUUCAGUAUCUGGCAAUUUAGAUGCACCAGAAGGAGGAUUUGAUGCAAUAAUGCAAGCUAUAGUUUGUAGACGACAAAUUGGUUGGCGUGAAAAAGCUCGUAGACUUUUAGUAUUUUCAACAGAUGCUGGUUUUCAUUAUGCAGGAGAUGGUAAAUUAGGUGGAAUUGUGAAACCAAAUGAUGGAGAAUGUCAUUUGGAUAAUAGUGGACUUUAUACACAUUCAUCUUUGCAAGAUUAUCCAAGUAUUUCUCAGAUUAAUUUAAAAGUUAAACAAAAUGCUAUUAAUAUUAUAUGGGCUGUUACGGAAGAACAAAUAAAUGUAUAUAAAAGAUUAACUAAACAUGUAGAAGGAUCAUUUGCUGGUAAAUUGUCAGAUGAUUCAAGCAAUGUUGUAGAAUUAAUUCGUGAACAAUAUGAUGCAAUUUCAAGUUCAGUUGAAAUGAAAGAUACAGCUAGUAGUGCUGUAAAAGUAAAAUAUUUCUCAAAAUGUUUGGGUACAGGGCCACUUAUUGAAACUUCAAAAUGUGAUGGAUUAAAAGUAGGAACAAAAGUAGAAUUUACAGCAGAAAUUGAAGUCACAAGUUGUCCAGAAAAUAGAUCAGAAUGGAAACAAAAGUUUGAUAUCUAUCCAGUAGGAAUCAAUGAAACACUGACACUAAAUUUAGAAAUGUUAUGUGAUUGUGAAUGCGAACGUGAAGGUACUAUGUUUGAACCAAAAUCACCAGAAUGCAAUGGUGUAGGAACUUUAAAAUGUGGUAUUUGUGAAUGUUAUGAUGGAUUUUUUGGAAAACGUUGUGAAUGCAGUCCUCAUCAAGAAAUGACAGGAUUAGAUAAACAUUUCCAAUCUUGUAGACCUGAUAAUACUUCUCUUAUAGAUUGUUCAGGAAGAGGAACUUGUGCUUGUGGUCAGUGUGAAUGUGAAGAAAGAGAAAAUCCCGAAGAAAUAAUAUCAGGUCAUUUUUGUGAAUGUGAUAAUUUCUCCUGUGAUCGAGACCAAGGUCAUUUGUGCUCAAAUCAUGGAACAUGUGAAUGUGGACAAUGUGUUUGCAAUGCAGGAUGGACUGGUCCAUCUUGUAAUUGUAGAUCUUCAAAUGAAACUUGUAUUGCACCAGGAACUACCAAUGGAGUAUUAUGUUCAGGACAUGGUGAUUGUAUUUGUGGUGAAUGUAUUUGUCACGAAGAAGGAAGCACUAGGUAUUCUGGUAAACAUUGUAAUAAAUGUCCAACUUGUCCAAGUCGUUGUGAAGAAUUAAAAAAUUGUGUACUGUGCCAAAUGUAUGGUAGUGGUAAUUUUAGUGAUAAAGAGGAAUGUAUAAAAAAUUGCAAGGAAUUCGUUCCUGAACCAGUUGAUACAGUUAUACCAGAUGUUGAUAAAGAUGAAGUUCUAUGUUUUGGUAUAGAUGAAGAUGACUGCAAAUAUUUUUGUUAUUAUUACAAUGAAACUAAUUGUUUAAAAGUCCGAGCUCAAAGAAGGGAAUGUCCACCACAAGUUUAUAUGCUCGGUAUAGUACUAGGUGUAAUAGCAGCUAUUGUUUUAAUUGGUCUUGCAUUGUUACUUUUAUGGAAAUUAUUAACAACUAUACAUGAUAGAAGAGAAUUUGCAAAAUUUGAAAAAGAAAGAAUGAUGGCUAAAUGGGAUACGGGAGAAAAUCCAAUUUACAAACAAGCAACAUCAACAUUUAAAAAUCCAACAUAUGCUGGAAAAUAAAAAUCAUAAAAAUAA